UUUUUUUUUUUUGUCAAAUAACUUCAUCUGUUAUUGGCCUAAAAAAUUGAAAACCAGCUGCCACCAAUAACAAUAACUACUUAUCUUCAUCAUCUUUCACAUAAACCACCAAGUAUAUUUCGCAGUAAUAUUAUAUUCUUCAUUUGUAUUUUUAUUUUAUUUUUUGUACACUAUUUUAUAGAUUGUUAAUUCAUGGUUUCGAUUUAUAAAGCUAUUCGAAAUAAUGAUCUUGAACUUGUAAAUUAUUUUAUCGAUUUGGCAACUGGUGAUCGCAGUCAUCGUGUCAGCAAUCUGUCCAAACAACAAAUUCAAUGGAUACAACAGCAAUAUCUGAAAAAUACUAAAUACUUUGACCUUAAUAAGCGUUCUGUAAAAGGGAGAACCCCUCUACACUGUGCUGUUGCUUGGAAUCGAACAGAAAUUGUUAAAGCUUUAGUUUGCUGUCAACAAGUUGACAUUAAUUUGCGUGAUCGUGAAAAUGGUUGGACCGCUUUGCAUAGAUCUCUAUAUAUAGGAAAUGUAGAAAUUGCAAGAAUGCUAUUGAAAAGAGAUGACAUUGAUCUUACCAUUAGAGAUUGGGAAGGUUUAACUGCAUUUGAAGUGUACGAAAUGACUGUGCCACAUACAUUUCCUAAACAACAAAUCAUAUCAAAAGAGGAAUUAUCAACAACAAUAACAGAUCAUAGUAUAAAACCAAAAUAUAUUAGAAAAGGAGGAACAGAUUUAUACAGUUGGGGUCAUAAUACGAAUUACGUCUUAGGUCAUCCAGAUUCUGAAAAUAGAACAAAGCCUGAACGAGUGAAACUUCAAUUAGAAUCACAAAAAUCGCCUAUUUUUAUGAAGAGACCUGAUUAUUUGAUCGAGACUGUCAUCAUGUCAAAAUAUCAUAUGGCUAUCUUAACAAGCGAUUCUGUAGAUAAUCUGUUAAUAUGUGGAUUUGGUAGAGGUGGUAGGUUGGGGACAGGCAAAGAAGUAGAUACUCAAUUUACACCUAUUGCUCUUCAAUGGCCUGAGCGUAUUAUAUCAGCUGCUCUCGGACGUGAUCAUACAGUUGCAGUAACAGAAAAUGGAAAUGUAAUUACAUUUGGAAGUAACCGUUAUGGACAAUUAGGGUAUGAAAUGGAUAAUCAAGAGCAACUUGUACCGCGAAAAAUUCAAGCACAAAGUUUGAAAAAACAACCUAUCUUUGGAGCAGCUGCCUCAAGAAUACAUUCUGUAGUUUAUACAAAAAAUGAUAUCUUCACAUUUGGUUAUAAUCAAGGGCAAUUAGGUUAUCAUCAGCCUGGUGAUGAUCAAUAUCAAACAAUACCUAGAAAAAUCAGCAUGACAACGGAAAUUGUACAAGUUGUUGCUAAUGAUAAUGUAACUGCUGUUCUAAACAAAUCACAUGAAAUUAUUUUAUUUUGUAAUUAUACCCAACAACGACUCUUUUUACCAGUCAAUCGAUUUCCAAAUAAUAUUAACGUUCAUCGCUCUGAAAUAACCUAUCCAGUAAAGCUCUUAGGAAGCAGUACGGAACAUCUUGGUGCCCUAACAAACACAGGAGAUAUCUUUAUCUGGAGCUGCAAAUUACCCCAGACUCGUAAUAAUAUUGAAACUAAAAAAACAAAUACAGUUAUUAUCUCAACACCAAAACGAAUAUGGACACGAACUAAGUCUCAUUUAGCUGCUGUUGAUGCUAGUAUAGGUCAACACAAUGAAGUUAUCUUGUGUACUAUCUCUGGACAUGUCUUUGUAGGUCAUACUGAGCCUACUGGAUAUAAAUUCUCACAAAUACCUCAGUUACAACGUUGCAUUCAGGUAUGUGCAAACUCAAGUGGUGCAUUUGCUGCUAUACGUUCAGAAUAUGUGAUAACAGCUAUACCUGAAGUAACAGCUUCGACCCUUAAGUAUGAAUUGUCUACGUCUUUACCUCAUGUAAGAGCUUCCAGUACUUUAUUAGAUAACUUCAAAGAAACAAGGAUAGCAAUAGAUUCAGCAAAGAAACAAAUAUUUACUUCUUCAGAAGACGUUGAAGAGCAAGAAAUUUUGAUCCAGAAAAAAUAUAAUGAGCAAUGGUUUGCUACAGUUCAUGAAGCAUGGCAACAGAUUGAAACCGUAUCUAAAAAGGACCCAACAUUGGAUGUUAUUUUCGAUGUUAGCGGCAAGCAUAUUUAUUGUCAUAGUUCUAUUUUACGUUAUCGUAGUAGGAUAUUUAAUCAAUUAGCUUGUUGUGUAGAUAAGCAAAUUGAGGGUUCCAUGAAAAUAAAAGUGGAAAAGAGGGCUAUAGACAAUCGACUGACCAUUAUUAUACAUCAUUGUCAGUUGGCUUCUAUCUUGCUAUUACUUGACUAUAUUUACACAGACACCUAUCAGCAUCCUAUGAAAGCCUUUUUGAAAUGCCCCAUAUUCGAUAUGCCACAUUUAGAAUCCUCUGCACAAUCCUCAUUUAACCACAAGCCUGUACCAUCUCUCAAACUACAUUUAGAACAGUUAAUGGAAGCUAAAGGAGAUAUUGCUUUAGAAUCUAAAGAAGGUGAUCAUCUAAAAUGUCAUCAAGUUAUUUUGCGGCAACGAUGUCCAUUCUUUAACAAUAUGCUUCGACCCGAAUCUGUUUGGAUAUUGGACCGACUUAAGAAUGACAAAGAAAGUGUCACAAUUAACUUGGAUCAUAUCUCUACAGAGGUGUUGGAGACGAUUAUUCGAUAUAUUUAUUUGGAUGGUGAUGGUUUAUUUGAUAAUAUUGAAAGAGACAAAGAGGAGCUGAUGAUGUCAUUUUUACUUACUUUACUUUGUGAGGCCGAUGCAUUAUUGUUAGAUAGACUCAAACUGAUUACUGAAAAUGCACUUGUUCGUUUUAUUAAGCUUCGAUCAGCAUCGACAAUUUUGGAGUAUGCUGAUAUUUAUUAUGCUGAAUCAUUAAAAAAGGCUUGUUUACAGUUUAUAACGAUGAAUCUACCUGCAUUCUUAGGCUCCAAUAUGUUGGAUAAUUUAUCUGUGCAACUUAUUCGUGAUGUAGAAAAUUAUGUUCGCAAUUGUCAGUUACAAGCCAUGCCGACUAUAUCUCGAAUAAGUGAUUUUAAUACAUUAUAUGAUGGUGUUAACGUUGAAGAAGAUUUAGAAUUUUCAAGCUCCCUUUAUGCUUUAUCAAGAGGUGACGGUAGUGCCACAACUUAUGAUGAAAUAUUAAUCACCUUUUAUCCUGAAAAGUCAGCUAAUAAAAAGGAAACAGAAUCAGUAGAGCAUUUGCAGAAAAAACCAUUAUCACUAAAAUUAGAUCAUAAUGUUAGUAAAGGUUUACAUGUGAGAACUACAGAAAACAAGUUACAACCACCACGACGUUUAUCUGUUGGAUGGUUAAAAGAUACAAAUUUAGAGCAAACAUCAAAACCUUCACUACGAGAAAUUAUUGAAACAGAAAAUCGACCUACUACUAUGGGAUCAACAAAUAAAGUUCAAAAGUCGUCGUCUAUUAUCCCAAAAAAGAUUUCACAAAAGGAGCGUAAAAGAUUGGCAUAUCAGCAGGAACUUGCUACGACUUCAGAGCCCUCAUCAUCUAAACUAGUUUGGGGCAAAGUACCUACAGUGGAAACUAAACCUAUGACUAAGAUUAUGGCAGAGACGAGUUUAAAAAAGAAUCCAACUGACCAUAAAGGGAAAAAGAUAUAUAUACAAGAAGAUCUUUUGGAUGAAAUUCAUGAAAUAAGUCGUGAUCCUGAUGAGUCAAAAACCAAUUCUAUUUUAUUUAAUCCUAUAGAGAGUCUCGGUUCUACCUUUCAGCUUACACCCAUCCGUCGAUAUACUACAUCUGCUGCUAAUAAAAAUGAAUUGACUCAUAAAAAAUCAUUCCAAACAAUUCAAAAGCAACAAGAAUUAGAAGAUAGUUGGUUAAAAGGUGGACAUCCUAAAAAGAAUAUUCUUCAGAUUCAAAAAGAAGAACAAGCGUUGGCAAGUAUUGAGCAAUAUUAUAUUCAGACAUUGGAUGUCAUGAGUGGUGAAUGGUAUGAAAUACAGAGAGUUUCCAGUAAAAAACAGUAAAUUACUGUAAUUGUAUAAAAUAAAAAAGUAGAUAUCCUUUUUAUACUAUAAAUGCAUUGAUAUAUAUAUAUAUAUAAAUAUAUAUGUGUGUGUAUAUGUAUACAUGUUUAUAUAACUCACAAAUAAACUUGGGAGGGAAGUUUGUGUGUG